AUGGUUCUCCUCACCACGACGGACGAGGCCUUCCCAGGCGUGAUUGCGGUUGCGCUGUACGUGGAGGGCCUCGAGGACGAGAAGAUUGCGUCGCUCAUCCCGCUCAACUCAGGCGACACGAGCACGGUCAAGUGGCUCCUGGCGACGCCAAGGUCGGGCCUUAUCGCCAACGGCACCGCAAGCGACGCCAUCACCUUCGCCGUGAAUGAGCUGGGCUACAGAGGCCGGGGCCUGUUUGACGAGCUCGUCAACAUCAGCUCCGAGGUGGUCUCGGGAACAAACGAAACGCGCCGUCAGCUCUCUCAUGGACGGCGGCUGUUUUUCAAAAAAAUCGGAAACGCCUUCAAAAAGCUGGGCAACACCAUGAAAGGCAAGUUUGAGGACUUGAGCGACGAGCUUGCCGGCGUCGUCAGCAAAAUCCAGGACCUGAUCGAGGAGGGCGCGGAAUGGUUCGCCUGUCAGCUGGGAGAGGUUGCGGCAGAGAUCGUCGACACCGUUGUCGACGCCGUUCUCGAUCACAUCAUCAAUCCCCUCGGCAACUUUCUCUGCAGCAAUAUUGCGACACCCGUGGCGGACGCAUUGCAGAAGAUAGGCAAAUUGUGCGUCGAGCCUUCCGGGCAGUGCUUCCCAGACGCGCUCAACCCGUCGGAUGGCGAGAUGGUCGAACUCUUCUCGAUGUCACAGGGCGACGCCGCGCAGCUGACGGUGAGCGGCAAGGCUACGCUCAAAGCUUGCGCCCAGGUGAAGGACGCGCGAGUCGAUUGCGAUGGGCUCGCCGAUUUCCUCACGAAUAUGGCCCGGGAAUGGGCAGAGACGAACAUAAAAGGGCCUGCUAGCGAAUUCCUCACCUCGACUUGCCGGCGGCAGCUCAAUGCAGCGCCGGUCAAGCACUCCGUCAUUCGCGACAUUGCCGGCGCAGCUGUGGAGCAAGUGAGCGGCGGCCACCGCCGACUCACUGCUGCGCUGCACGCGGCGAAGCGAAAUGGAACGAGCGACUCCUUCUCUCAGCGGGUGGUUGCUCAUGCGACUGCGGCGGCUCUCGACAUGACCCGGGAUCGGAUCGUCGAUGCCGUCGCAAAGCGGCUUGUCGAGGAGCAGGAGGAGGCGUCCCGCCGCCGGCUAGUCGCGGAGCAUGAGGCCAGUGGACGCCGCCUGGCAGGCUCCUGGUCUCACUGUGCCCACGAACGUGAGUUCUGCUCGUGCUUCGGCACGGUACGCUUUGGCUCCGGCUCGAAGUGGGUCACCAAGCCCGGCUCGGACAACCUUGCGUGCCAAGCUUUCAGCUUUGGCCGCGACCCUGUGCCUGGCGUUCACAAGACGUGCCAGUGCAGCCAAGACACGCAACUGACGCCCUCGCUGGGAAAGCUCAGACUCGCCUUCUCAAUCGAGGCGAGCAUCGAGAUUCAGGCAGAAGCGGCGGCCGCGUUCGACGAGGCGAGGGAGAUUGACCUCCUUGAGGAGUUGGGCAAGCCGGUCGACCUCGCAUUUAGGAAAAUCAUGCCUGUUUCUCCGGUCGGCGUGCUCCUGACCUUCGCACUCGACGCCCGCGUCAGGUUGCGGCUACCGCUCGCAGUACGCGCGACCUUCGAAGCCGCUGGUACGGCAAACUUGCUCGUCAAGUACGACAGGGAGUGGGAGGUCAACACGGACCAGCAGGGACUAGACCAGAGCCAGCUGACACCAAGCAUCGAUAGCAGGCAGCUGACGACUGUCGACAACUCAGAGCUGGAGUAUUCGGUGUCGGGCGGGGUCGCGGCCUCACUCUCUGCCAAAGUUGGCUGCAGGGUGGAGAUCGAGCUGCGGCUGUCCGCCCACAUCGCCGCGGCAAUCACUCUGUAUGGAGAGGCAGCCGCGAGGUGGGAGGUCAUGGGCGGCUCCGAUGCCUCGGCCUGCGUCACCACCGGCGUCAACGCGGCCCCCUCCUUCCAGUGCCAGCGUCUGCACACGAGCCUGACGCCGUACGUCGAGUACUCUGACAGCCAGGUCGCCGUUCCCGUCUCAUCGGGCUCGACCGCCAACGGGUAUGCCGCCAUUGGCUUCUGGCUCUACGCGCCGUACCCUCAGAUUAGCCUGCGCGUCGGGUGGGAAAUGGGCACGAGCGCGAGUCUGCUCGACCUCUGUGUGGGCUGCUUGACGUUUGAAGCGGCCGGCACGCUGUCGGUGUGCCCGUCCGGUGUAUCGUGGGACAGCUACCUCGGCCCUUCUGACGACCCAGGGCAGGGCGCGGAGCACCCCUACGGAAGGUACAUGCUCCGGAUGGCCCACGUCGAGAAGAUCUCGUUUGACGCAGCAUCGGGCGGGGCCCAGAGGAAGUUCAUUGCGAAGCCCAACAUAGGUGUACAUCACGGGAGCCAGACGUCGUGGACGGAAUUCCCCUUGGUUCCCUCUUGCACCCCCCUUGAAAUGGAUGCUGAGGUCGAUUUCCGGCUUAACAACGGGCAAAACAACGCGGUCAACGCCGGUGGUGCAGCUUUAACCAGCGCGGUCGCUUGUUCAUACGGGUGCCAGAUCAAGAGAGAUAAAGACAAUUACAAUGUUGAUUUCUUUACCUACGAUCGGGGUGGCCCUGACGGUAGUAUGCGAUGCCGCUGCUUUACAACCUGGUCCACAUUUAAGUCUCCCGCCUGGCGGCUCCCGUCUAUCGCGGGCAAAGCGUGCAUUGCCCCCAGCUGUGCCGUGGUAGAUGCUGUUCUCCCCUGGGUGUCCGGGUUGGAGCUCGAUUGGAGGACUGCCAACUAUCCAUCCGUGGCAGGCGCCGCAAGUCCGGACCAGUGUGCGAAGGAAUGUUACAACGCGGGCCAUCCUUACUUUACGCACGACAAGCGUUACAAUUCUCCGCGAUGCCGCUGCUUUGCAAAAUAUGUUCUAUACUGGGCUGACAGCCACAGUAGCGCUUGGUCGGGCGGCUCGUGCCUCGGUUGGCCAGGGCACGAGCCCUACUUCCAGGUGGACACGGAGGGCGCGGCGUGCCCGAGCGGCUCGGUUCAGGUGACGGACCAAGCCGAGUGUGCCGGCGCAGCCACCACGUAUGUGAUUCGCCAGGGAAUGUUGAAGCGCUGGCAAGGCAUCGGCACGUGGGCCGACCACGUUCCAUUCUGCUUUGCAACGUUCUAUACUAGUGCCAAGAACAACGGCAACGUCCACUUUGGCACCAACCCGGCCGUGACUGGCUCGCGUGGCUACCGCAUCUGCAAGCCGGCGCACUACUUCCAGUUGGACACGGAGGGCGCGGCGUGCCCGAGCGGCUCGGUUCAGGUGACGGACCAAGCCGAGUGUGCCGGCGCAGCCACCACGUAUCUGGUUAGCCAGGGCCAGGUGAGGCGCUGGUACAACAGCGGCACGUGGGCCGACCACGUUCCAUUUUGCUUUGAGGGGUCUGGCUAUUGGAGCGGUGGCACCGGCAACGGCAACGUGCACUUUGGCACCAACCCGGCCGUGACUGGCUCGCGUGGCUAUCGCAUCUGCAGGCGGGCGCCCUUCGUGCAGUACGGAUGCUGCAAAAACUCGGAGGGCUGCAACUUUUGGAGCACCGGCUCCCGCGUUGGCGACGUCGGUACGGCGUCCCAGGGCUACGCAGCCACCUUCGGUGCGUGCAACGAUAAAUGCAAAGCCGCAGGAUACGUGGUGGGCGACUUCUUCGGCAUGGAGUGCCCUAUGCAGGGGUUAACGCUUUGCCAGUGCUACAGAUCGUCCUCAUUGUAUUCGGUCAGCUCGGACUUUCUGACCCCCCACACAGAGGAUUGCUCGGCCAACCAGGUCCACUGCAACAACUCGCCCUAUCUAGAACACGACGGCACCACCUAUCAACUGGGCGGCGCCAACGUCGGCAGCGUCUACAUGAUCCAGUGA